AACAGUCACUAGUGCACCACUUUUCAUGUUGUUUACGUUAAAUAACAGGCGACUUUUUCGCCUACAUGUAUAAAUGUUAUAUAUGAAAUCAGUUGAAAUGGACAACGAUAUUCUUUUCAACAGCUCUAAUGGUGCGUCAGUCCAGAGACAAAGAAUAUAUCAAUUUUUGGGACGAAUUAGCUGGAGAUCUUGUGUGUCUGGUAUAAUUUUUGGCAGCUCGUUAUCUAUACUGCUAACUUUAUCUUUAUUUUUGAUAAUUGCACCAUACUUGUAUGACAAACCAGAAGCGGACAGUCUAUUCGCGGCUUCAUUAAAUGACAUUGAUGGCAUAGAAAUAAGAUUUAGUGACUGGCAAUGGGGAUCAUGCUCAAAAUCAUGUGGGAUUGGUGUACAGGAAGCGGUUAGAACCAGUUUAUGUCAAAAGAAUGAUCAUUGUCUCGAUAAUGAAACUGAAAUUUUACGAAGACAUUGUAUUAGUGAACACUGUUCCGUUGACGGACAAUGGAGCGUUUGGAUGCAGGAACCCUGCAGUGUCACAUGUGAUGUCGGUACCCUUCUACGUUAUCGCCAAUGUUCUAAUCCACAUCCUCAAUAUAGCGGAAAAAACUGCACAGGAAAAUGUAUUGAGCACAUGAAUUGCUUACCAUCCAGCUGUUGUCCAGGAUUGGCAGAGGAUACACUUAACUGCGACGGAGGAUGGAUGCGACGUGACGACUUUGGCGCAUGCUAUUGUUUUAGUGGACAAACUUUGUCAUGGAAUAGUGCACAGGCGUAAUGCAAAAAACAGACGGGAUCACUUGCAGAUAUUUAUUCAGAAAACGAAGCAGUAUGGCUGUCUAGUUCAAGUCGUUUGCAUACAGG